ACCCACUUGUAAAUGGGGCCCAUUUUCCGGGGACAAUGUCAACCAUUUUACCAGCUGCGUUUACUUUUGUUGAAUGGUUGUCUCCAAUUUUGUCAUAUGUGGGGUGGAUUUCCUAAUUAUUGGGUAUUUUUGCUGUUUUAAAGAGAAAAGCAGAAAAUAGGUAAAUCAGCUUUGACUUUGUAACCACCGCACUCCGUGGAUACAGACCCUCAAACUCUUAGUCAAGUUGAGCUCACCAGAUCCUUAUUUUUAUCUUUUAUUUUUGCAGCAAUAGUCAACUGUUGUCAGAGCAGGUUCCUGUGAAAAGAACUACUGAUCUCACAUAUGACCAAGUUAAAAAUAACAAGAAAUAAUGUUUGGGUUUUCUUUUAUAUUUCAAGAAAAUCUUUAAGGAGUGGAAGCCCCUGGAAGAGAACUUGAAGCUAGGGUCAUUUCCAAAUAGACAGUGGGCAUUUGGGUCAUACAAGAAACAUCAGUAUGCAAAGUCAAAAAAGGUGGAGACAUGGGGUCAUUCACAAAUAAGAAAUUAUGGGUCUUGUGACAUUUCCCCACUUCAUUUUAGUAGUGGGUUGGUGGUUUAUCUACUUAUUAUGCGGCCACAUUUUUCUGUUUUGAGUCUGGCUAUAAAUCCUCUGCAUUUGGGUAAUGUGGAGGCAAUGAAAGAUGGUAAAGUUUUCACAAACACGGGGAGAUUUAUAGGAGGUAACAAAAGGGGCCUCAUGGGAAUCUACAAAGAUAGGUCAGCUGACAAGGUUCAGCUGAAUAUAGAGGAAGAAAUAGAGGAGGAAAUACAGGGGCUUAUGAGAGUUCACAAAGGUGGGUUAGUUGAGAGACUCUCACCCUUAUUCAUAGAAGUUCCCCCUGAUCUAGAUGACCCCCUAGUGGUCUCCAAAGAUGUCGGCAUAAACCAAGAGAAGGGCACUUGGGCUCGAGUUUAUCUCCCAAAGCACCACGCAAGGAGAGAAAAGCUCCCAAUUCUAGUCUACUUUCAUGGAGGUGGGUUUUGCUUGGGAAGUGCAGCUUGGUCGAUUUAUCACUCCUUUAUCUCUCACCUGGCCCGUGAGAUAGGUUGCCUAGUGGUCUCUGUUAGCUACCGACUGGCACCGGAGUGCAAAAUUCCUUCUCAAUAUGAAGACGGAAUUGAAGCCUUGGAGUGGGUUUCCCACCAGAAAGAUGCUUGGCUAGUGAACCACGGAAAUUUGCGGCGAAUUUUUAUUGGUGGUGAUAGUGCUGGUGCAAACAUAGCCCAUCAUGUGAGUUUAAGCGCUCGUGUUGCUCUCAGUGGGUGCCUUCUCAUGCAACCAUUCUUUGGUGGUGAGGAUGUAUUAAGAUGGGAAGAAGAGAUUGAAGACCCUGCUCUGCCCCACAAAUGGGUUGAUACCUUUUGGAAGUGGGCCUUGCCCGAGGGUGCCACGAAAGACCAUCCGGCUUGUAACCCUUUGCUAGAAUCACCAAAGUCUUGGCCUGAGGGACUUCCUAUUCUUGUUCUGGUGGCUGAGAGGGACUUAAUGAGAGAGAGAGGAGUGAUAUAUGCAAAUGCCAUGACUCGUGCAGGAAAGCCAGUUCGAUUGGUGGUCUCUGAGGGAGUUGGGCAUGGGUUUCAAGUCUUUCAGCCUAAUUCAGAUGCUAUACCCAAAUUGUUGAGACAUCUUGGUGAGUUUGUGAAGGAGAACUCGAAGGGGGGUCGAGGGCAUGGGCCUGUUUCCUCGUUGCACUUUGGUGCUCGGCCUGCUAAUGGUAUACAUGUUCUUAGAAUAUAAUAUGUAGCAAGCAUUAGUUGCCGUUAGCUGCCGAGCAGCUGAAGCCGUGGUUGCCUGAGUUGGGUAUCUGUAAAGAGCCAUUGUUGGCUUUGCCUUUUCUCAGUGGCUACCAGUAAGGAGCGUGGCACCAUGGUUGUGCGUUCUACACUUAGGUUAGGUGUACCCUCCCCCCCUCCCCCUUCAAAAAAAAAAAAAAAAUUUAGAAUUAUAAACUUGGUCUCUGAAUUUUUAGGAUCUCUAUUAGUUAUUAGAGAUUUGGUCGAGUUGUACUGAAUUUGGAUAUGUAAAUCAGUAUAAAUAUAAGUAAUGAUCUUACAAGCAUGCGAUGAUAAAAUAUCAGACUUGACUA